AACCAUAGGGAUACUUCCGGUGUCCAGGUGCUGGUUUCUUUGGCAGGAAGAGAAAGAUGGGUUCCUACCCCGUGGCCCGUGCUUGGUCGUUCUUAUGGCUGCUGCUGCCCUUGCUUGGUUCAGUGUACGCCAGCGGUCCCCGCACCCUAGUGUUGCUGGACAACCUCAACCUGCGGGAGACACACUCGCUUUUCUUCCGGAGCCUGAAGGACCGAGGCUUUGAGCUCACAUUCAAGACCGCUGAUGACCCCAGCCUGUCUCUCAUUAAGUACGGGGAGUUCCUCUAUGAUAAUCUCAUCGUCUUCUCACCCUCGGUAGAAGAUUUUGGAGGCAACAUUAAUGUGGAGACAAUCAGUGCCUUUAUUGACGGUGGAGGCAGUGUCCUGGUGGCUGCCAGCUCAGACAUCGGCGACCCUCUUCGAGAGUUGGGCAGUGAAUGCGGGAUUGAAUUCGAUGAGGAGAGAACGGCUGUCAUUGACCACCAUAACUACGACAUCUCAGACCUUGGCCAGCAUACACUCAUUGUGGCUGACACAGAGAACCUCCUAAAGGCCCCAACUAUCGUUGGGAAAUCAGCUCUGAAUCCGAUCCUCUUCCGAGGAGUUGGGAUGGUGGCUGAUCCUGACAAUCCCUUGGUAUUGGACAUCCUGACGGGCUCGUCCACCUCUUACUCCUUCUUCCCAGAUAAACCCAUUACCCAGUACCCCCAUGCUGUGGGGAAGAACACCCUCCUUAUUGCUGGGCUGCAGGCCAGGAACAACGCCCGGGUCAUCUUCAGCGGCUCCCUGGACUUCUUCAGUGAUGCCUUCUUCAACUCAGCCGUGCAGAAGGCCACGCCUGGCGCCCAGAGGUAUCCCCAGACGGGCAACUAUGAGCUAGCCGUGGCUCUCUCCCGCUGGGUGUUCAAGGAGGAGGGUGUCCUCCGUGUGGGGCCUGUGUCCCAUCAUCGAGUGGGUGAGACAGCCCCACCCAACGCCUACACUGUCACUGACCUAGUGGAGUACAGCAUCGUGAUCGAGCAGCUCUCCAAUGGCAGGUGGGUCCCCUUUGAUGGUGACGACAUUCAGUUGGAGUUUGUCCGCAUCGAUCCUUUUGUGCGGACUUUCUUGAAGAGGAAAGGGGGCAAGUACAGCGUCCAGUUCAAGCUGCCGGACGUGUACGGAGUCUUCCAGUUCAAAGUGGAUUACAACCGGCUUGGCUACACGCACCUGUACUCUUCCACUCAGGUGUCAGUGAGGCCGCUGCAGCACACACAGUACGAGCGCUUCAUUCCCUCGGCCUAUCCCUACUAUGCCAGUGCCUUCUCCAUGAUGGUGGGGCUCUUCAUCUUCAGCAUCGUCUUCUUACACAUGAAGGAGAAGGAGAAGUCAGACUGAGGGGGGUUUUCAUGGGGAGUGUGUGUCUGGGUUUUUUGUUUGUUAUUAAAGCCAUGGGAAAAUGGCACAGCCUUACCUCAGCGGGAGAUGCAGCAUUGAGUACCAAGGGGUGGGGGAGAGGGAAUCAUUUUUAUGUAGGUUUUUCCACCAUGAAUUGCUACACAGCAUUUUUUCUAAGUGCAGUCACUCCUGUUUCUAAAAUAAAGAAACGCUGCCCUCACACUUCA